AUGGCGCCUAUCGCAACGCACGAAUUCGUUAAUGGUGUUGGGAACGCGAACGGGAAUGGCGAGUCCGUCAAGCCGUCCAAGGGGAAGGUAUCGACCAAGGAGGUGAUGGAGCUGGAACACGAGUACUCUGCGCACAACUACCACCCUCUGCCUGUGUGCUUUGAGCGUGGACAGGGAGCUCACGUAUGGGACCCCGAGGGAAAUGAGUACCUGGACUUCCUAGCUGCUUACUCAGCGGUCAACCAGGGUCACUGCCACCCCGACAUUCUCCAAACCCUUAUCACCCAAGCCUCCAAGCUCACCCUCUCGUCCCGCGCCUUCUACUCGACCGGCCUCGGACCAUUCGCCAAGAAGGUGACCGAGAUGUUUGGCUUUGACAUGGUGCUGCCGAUGAACACCGGUGCCGAGGCGGUCGAGACGGCCCUCAAGCUCGCCCGGAAGUGGGGUUACGAGAAGAAGGGGAUCUCGCCGGGCAAGGCCAUGAUCUUGUCGGUCGAGGGUAACUUCCACGGGCGGACGAUCGGGAUUAUCAGUAUGAGUACCGACGACGAGAGCCGGACGGGCUUCGGGCCGUUCCUUGAGGGCGUGGGACCUACUUGUCUGGCGGGCAAGGGGCACAUCCGGUACAACUCGCCAGAGGAUCUGGAGAAGGCGCUGGAGGCGCAUGGAAAGGAUGUUGCUGCGUUCUUGGUGGAGCCGAUCCAGGGUGAAGCUGGUAUCUACGUGCCCGACGACGGAUACCUCGCCAAAUGUGCCGAAAUCUGCAAGAAGCACAACGUUCUCUUGAUCUGCGACGAGAUCCAGACCGGACUCUGCCGGACAGGAAAGAUGCUUUGCUACGAGUGGGACGGUAUCAAGCCGGACAUGGUCAUCCUCGGCAAGGCUCUUUCGGGUGGAAUGUACCCCGUUUCGUGUGUUCUCGCUAGCAAGGAGAUCAUGCUCUGCAUCAAGCCAGGAGAGCACGGGUCGACAUACGGAGGAAACCCCCUCGGCUGCGCUGUGGCCAUCACCGCCCUCGAAGUGCUCGAGCGCGAGAACCUCGCCGAGCGCUCUCAGCGCCUAGGCGAAAUCUUCCGUGCAGAACUCGCCAACCUCAAAUCGCCACUCAUCAAGACAAUCCGUGGCCGAGGGCUGUUCAACGGUGUGGUCAUUGACGAGUCUCAGUCCAAGAAGGGACGGACGGCUUGGCAGCUGUGCCUGUUGAUGAAGAGCAAGGGACUGUUGGCUAAGCCUACGCACGUUAACAUUAUCCGCUUCGCGCCGCCUUUGGUGAUCAGCGAGGAGGAUAUCCGGAAGGCAGUCAGGAUCAUCGGAGAGUCGCUCGAGGAGCUGGACGUGCUCGAGAAGAUCCCUGGUGACGAGCACGAAGACCACGACACCAAGAUCGAGUUGGAGGAUUAG